AUGCUGGUAAAAUUAAUAAAAAGGUGUUUUGAGAUAUCUUGUUUCCCAGAAUCAGUGAAGAGGGCCAUAGUAACUCCAGUUCACAAGGGUGGUGCAAAAAAUAAUUUUUCGAACUAUAGACCAAUCGCGGCUUUACUUGCACUAUCGAAAGCAUUUGGAAUGAUGGCGAAAAACCGUCUAACGUAUUUCUUGAGAAACAAUGGUCUUCAUAGGGAACAAUAUGGCUUUGAAACAAAGCUCAGCACUACUGCAGCGUGUCUCAGUCUGGCAGAUUUUAUAUCAAUAAACUCGGAUAGUAGUAAAUGCGUUGCUUGCGUCUUUUUGGACAUCGGAUUCAAUUCAUUCGCUCUUACAGAUGGAUCGUCAAUGUGCGAAUCGGGGAAAGUUGCAGUGUACCGAAGAAAAGGAGUUCCUAGAGGAUCUAUUUUGGGUUCCGAUUCACUUAAAACAUAUACAAAUGAUAUAGGAAAAUUAAACUUGAAAGGAUCUAUUCAACUUUAUGUAGGCGACGCGGUUUUGAAAUAUGCUGUAACCAACAAGGCAAAUUUCAAGGAUGCAAUUGAAGAUCUAUUAACGGUGGAUAACUGA